AUGGCUUCUCACCAAGAUUCAAGCGUUCAACACCGAAGAUCCUCCGCAGACAAAGUGCGCGACCUAGAAGGUAACCGCGGGACCGAUCAAUAUGAUUAUCAAUCGAACACGCCUGGCAUGUCUGUUAUGCCUGCGCUAGACUCUCGUUUCCCAGACGUCCAAGCCCGCCGAAAGGAAACUGGGAUAUCGAGGUUCCGUAGCCAAACACGUGAAUUCUGGGCGGAGUUCUUUGGGACUGCCGUGUUGGUUCUUUUCGGUACGGCCGUCAAUCAUCAAGUCACUCUUGGUGGAUCUACCAGUGUUGCCCCAGGUGAGAGAGGUAGUUGGACUACCGUAUCGUAUGCUCGGUGUGGUUGUAUCUGGAGGUAUCAGUGGAGGACACAUCAACCCGGCUGUCACUCUGACUUUAGCAUUAUUGCGGGGAUUCUCUUGGAAAAAAGUCAGGACUUGAAUUAUUCCCGCGCCAUCUCUUUGUUCGAGGGAGGAGCCCACAUACGGACGAUUAAUAAAACCGGAGGCCUGUACUUCACGAACCCUCUUCCAUAUAUGUCUAACCUCGGAUGUUUUUUCAACGAAUUCUUGAUGACUGCGAUAUUGAUGAUGUUUAUUGUUGCUACCGGAGAUGCUGGUAACAUGGCGCCACCAAAAGGAAUCAGUCCCUUUAUCAUACUUUGGGUGGUCUUCGCUCUGGCGUCUACUCUGGGAAUGCAGACCUCCUUCGCUUUGAACCCCGCUAGGGAUAUCGGACCCAGACUAGUUACUUGGGCCGCCGGGUAUGGGAGUGAGGUUUGGCGAAUCAGAUCAGGAUACUGGUUCUGGUGUGCAACUUUGGCGCCCGUGUGCGGAACUUUCGUUGGUUGCUUCAUCUACGAUUGCUGCAUUGGAACCGAUGGUGUCGAGAGCCCUUUGCAUAACCCUAACGCUUCCGGAUUCAUUCGACGUCUCCGAGGACUCCCCCCCGCUCAUGAGACUCAUCUAGGUACCAGUAGUUCUGGUAACAUCAAGCAUGCUGACGAAAGUGAUUGA